CAAAUCGAAGUGCUAUUCAAGCGACGAAGUUGACAGAUGAAGUAGUAAACUAGUUUCAGUGUUUGUUGCUGUGUUUAUAGGCUCGAGUUUUGAUGAUUGGCUGUAAACAUAAAGUCACUAUUUAUAAGAACGUAUUACAGUGAUGCUACAGUCAAUCACAUGCUCGAAUACAGUACUGGAGAGAUAUGAGAGCUAGCGACGAAUAUUGUGUAAAUCUAAAUACUGAUCGAAAUGGUGCCAAAAAGAGAGAUUUCGAAAUUAGCAGUUUUGCGUUGCAGUUACGUGUUAUGUGUUUUGUGAUAUUUUAACCAUGAUGGAAGAAAGUGAGAAGCCGUUUGCCUGCUCAGCAGAAGGCUGCUUAAUGCGUUUCACUAAUGAAGAUCAUUUGACUGUACAUAAAAAGAAACAUGACAUGGUUCUAAACUUGGGAAGUGCACAAAAAUCAAAUCUUUUCAGUGCUGAUCAGACACCUACUCCGACACGUUUCAUUCGCAAUUGUGAAGAGGUUGGUUUGUUUCAAGAUUUGCAAAAUGUGAACCCAUUUGAAGAAACAUUCAGGAAAGCAUUUGAAGCAUCUAAAGCUGGAAUCACAUUGCCUGAGGUGGACCCCCUUAGUGUGACUGCAGGUGGAGAUGACACUUUGCACACGCCACAUGUGUUCCCUAACAUUAUUGAAGAUUCUGAAUCUAUUCCAUCUCUUUUGUCCACAGAAUCUCUUGCAAGUGAAAGUAGCAAGAGGUCUCCUGUCAGGCAAGAUUUGGUCCAUUUUAUUAAGAAUUCUUCUGUAACAGAGGAAGAAUUCAAAGGAAAGGAUAAUCUACAUAAUUCUGUUGCUUCGGACUGUUUGGGAAAAGAAAACCCUGAACAACUUCAAGGAGAAAAUCUAAUGCAGCUGGAAGAUGACUCACUCAAUCAGCAAAAUGAGACUGGAGGACUACAGGUUCUGCUUAAAACUUCAGAUGACAAGCUGGUCCAUCUUUCACUUGAACAGUUCGCUCAGCUGUCUGGAUCACAGCUUAUGAUCCCUAUCGUCACAUCUGUAACUUCGGGUGCUUCUGCAACCAGUAAUGAGGACAACAGUCAAUCAGUUGACAUGUCAACAUGUGUUCCAACAGUGUGCAAACCUGUUGCUCCAACUGAUGGAUCUGCACUAGUUAAAAUGAAAUUAAAGCAGACAUUGACAAAUAAUAAUAAAGUAUCCACUACAAGCACUCCUGGUCAGUCAUCUUCAGAGCAGGCUGACCAUACAGCACCUCCAGCAGAAUCCCGUGCACCAUGUUCCACACACAGCCGGACUAGGAAAAGUUCGUCACAAUGUGAUGAUGAUGAGAAAAGGAAAAAGUUUCUUGAGAGAAAUAGGGCAGCUGCUAUGCGUUGUAGAGAAAAAAGAAAAUCGUGGAUAAAAGACCUGGAGAAAAGGGCAGAUAUUUUGCAAACUUCUAAUGACCAACUACAAGCAGAGGUCAAAAGUCUUAGAGCAGAAUUGGCUACCCUCAAGGCAUUGCUUUUGCAACAUAAGAACUGUUCAGUUUCAGUUGCCAUGAUGCAGAAUGCCCAUGUAACAGCAGUGGAAGCUGAUUCGACUAAUACCACAACUGUUCAUCAGACAACUGCAGUCUCACGAAUAAGCAUAUCACACCAACCUGCAACAAAUAAGCCUAUAGUUGCUACAAAAAUUUUGCUUUCACCACCCAGCAAUGAACCCAGGCAUAUAAUAUUAUUAAAUAGACCCCCUGUGAAACGAAAUGUGGGCAAUGCUACACCACCUAUCAAGAAAAAGGUAUGUGGAGGAGCUGUUAAACAAAUUGUUAGUGGCACUAAUAAUCAAGUACUACAGCAGGCAUACCUCAUCUCAUCAACAAGUGCAGAUGCAGUACAAGUUGCACAGGGUAACAUAGGCAAUGAGUCUCUUGUACCUGCCAUUUCAGUAGCAAAUGUGCCCACUGUUCCUGAAAUUAUACCUGCAGUGCUGAAAGAUUCAACUGUACCAAGUACAGACUGUAAUUUAGAACUAAGUGAAACAAAUCAGCAGCUUGUUUCUCUGUCAUUAAUCAGUCAAUCGGAAGGACAUUUCCCAACUCUUGUAGUGCCUGGUGUUGCUCUAAAGUCAACAUGUGAUGCAGUGUGUGAUACAGGAUUAAACAGCAGUCAAGUAGUAGAACAUAUGAUUGAUAUUGAUCCAAGUAUGGUGAGUGUUGAAACUCAUCAAGAGCCCAACAGUAGUGUUGAAAGAGACCAUUCAGAAGAUAGUGACAUUGAAGUGGUGUAUGACUCUUCAUCAAAGGAUGUAAGCUGAAAUUGUUUUGUUGCUUGUUAAUUGUUUGAUAAGCACAGCACUGAAUUGAAUUCAGGACUGCACUUAACAUUUUGUUAAAAAUGUAUAUAAACACAGGAAAAAUUAUUACUCUCUACAGUACCCCAUUCCAGUUUAACUAUGAAAUAUAUUAAACACAAUGAAGUGCAGUGACUGUUUGGAUUGUGGCUUCAAUUUAUUACAUGUGACCUUUUUGUUUUUGCUGUAAAGAGCUAAUUGUGAGAAUCAUAUGCACUGAUGAGCCAAAACAUAGUGGCCACCUCCAUAAUAGCUUUUUUGCCCAAAUUUCAGAUGAAAUACAUAACUGAUUCUGCAUAUAAGGGACCUGACAGUUUGUAGGUAAGUUUGUGGGGGUAUGUGGCAUUAGAUGUCUCCACACAGGCCACUGAUUUGCGUACCUGGCGAUGGCACCUGAUAGCAACUCAAAUGGAUUCCAUAGAAUUUACAUCAGGCAAAUUUAGCCACAGACAUCCACAUGAGUUCACUAUAAUGCUCCUCAAACCAUUGUAGCACAAUUCUGGCUCUGAGACAUUGACAAUUAUACUGCUGAAAGACGACGUUACUGUUGUGGAAGACAUCAAGCAUGAAGGUUUCCAUGUGUUUCACCGCAUGUUUCAAGCCACCAUUCAUCUCACUGAUGGUGUUUGUAGAGGCAACCACCAACCUAAUGUAGCAAAAUUGAGAUUCAUCUAAAGGGCCAACACUUUUCCAUUAAUCAACCGUCGAAUAAGAGUGGUCCCGUGCCCACUGCAGUUGUAAUUGACAAUGUUGUUGGAUCAACAUGUGAACACGUAGGGGUUGGCUGCUGCAGAGCUCCAUGUUCAACAGUAUAUGAUGAAUGGCGUGCUUUGAAACAAUUGUGCGUGCACCAGCAUUGUUCUCUUUUGGCAGAGAUGCUACAGAUCACCAUCUAUCCUACUUUAUAGAGCAGACAAAACUCCGAACCCAGCGGCCUGAGAAGAGUUGUUUAUGUCAAACCAUUUAGCAACAAGUGGUAGUUUCACAGUCCUUCUAUCUUUCCAUAGAUGCUCAGAACAGUGGCACGUGAAUGUUCGACCAGCUUCCCCAUUUGUGAGAUACUCGUUCACAGUCUUUGUGUCAUAAUAAUCUGCCCUUUGUUAAAGUCACUUAUCUCAACGCAUUUCCCCAUUUGCAGCCCAUAUCUUCGCUAGGGAGAUCCCCCCGUCUGUCUCUGCACCUCUAGCACACUAUUUUUACCAUGUCAUGUGCCUGCAAUGCCACCAGGCAGCAUCCAAUGUCAUAGUCGGUAGUGGUCACAAUGAUUUGGCUUAGCAGUGUAUAUAAUUUGAGAUUUGAGAUUUCCAUAAUAAGAAAGUUGCUGUGUGAGGAAGAUUUGUACCAGGUUGCUGAUGUAAUGUGUUGGGAGCUAUAUAAAUUUUUGUUAUCAUGACUAUGAUUGAGUUGGCUGUGUAAAACAGCCAAAUGAGUUUUAGAAGCAUUGUAUCAUUUUUUUACACUCUGACCAUAUAAAAAUUUGAUAUCUACAUGGAUGUAGUAAACAUAUCAUGUAACAAUUAUAGAGCAUAAAGAGAGCAUGUUUACGAAAUAGAAAGUGCAACAUAAUUUUUUUUUAUUAUAAAGGAUAGAAUCAUUACAGUUUUUAUGUUAUUACAAUAACUUGCAGUAUUGAAACUUGUGGUUAAAUUUGAUGGUCCAUUACAUGGAACAGUAAUAGUUUUAGAAUUUAGAUGCUGCUUAUAGAAGAACAGGUUGUCAGAGCCACAAGACCUAAAAAUGUUAAUCAAUGUAUAUAAAGUGACAAUUAUACAAGAAAAUGUCAAUUGCUAUUCAUCAGGACACAAAUUAUCUCAGACAAUUAUAUCUAGAUGUCAAUGUAUUUAAUAUUGUCAUAUAAAUUUGGAAAAAAAUAUUGGAUGUAAUUAUAUGGAGUUUUGCCUUAUAUCUUGCUUAUUUAGCAUGUCUCAGGGUGUAUCAUCUGCAACAGUGUUGGCACAAUGUAUCUGUUCUUCAUUGUUGAAUAUUUUUUUGUGUACAUUGAGAGUGUUGACACACACUUUUUCACUUGCUAGUUUUCUUAAAUUUUAUUAUGGUUUCAGUUACCUAUGCAAAAUAGCAUCAUUUGCCAUAGUAAUUAUUUAGUUACUUCUUUAUCCUGUUCAAUGUUUCAACAAAUCCUAGGAACACUAGAAUGGUAUCCGUGAGCACUUUUUUUUUUUAAUGCCCAGUCUCAUAUGUGUGUGUGUGUGUGUGUGUGUGUGAGAGAGAGAGAGAGAGAGAGAGAGAGAGAGAGAGAGAGAGAGAGAGAGAGAGAGAGAGAGUAGCAUUUUAGCAUUUCAAUUAGGGCUGCUUUCAAUCUUAAAACUAUGUGCAGCAUAGUCAGCAGAAUUUGCAGUACAGAAUGUGCAAAGUAAAACUGGCCUGGAAAAUAUUUACAAAAAUCUGAUGUGGGAUUGACUGUUGUUAAUAAACAUCACAAAAGAUGCUGGAAUUGGCCACCAUCAACAUUGAUGCAAUGCUGUUCUCAAUUUAUCAAACUGUGAGACCCAUGUAACAGCUCUGCCUGAGGUGUAUCAGCAAUAAUAUUUUCAGUGUUGUGCUAUAACUCUUCCAGUGUGUGAGACUUAUUUAAGUACACCUUACCCCUGAGUUGGCCCCACAGGUAAAAACCAUAGGAAGAGAUCAGGUGAUUAAGAUGACUAGGAGAUUGCACUGCUUUUGCUGAUUGUACUCUCAUCACCAAACCCCUCAUGCACUCGUGACAAGAUUGUAGAAGUAGUGUGUGCUGUUGUUCUGUUUUGGUGCAAAUAUCCAUACAGUUGUUCAUCAUCUGCAAGUUGAUAUGGAUUCAACAGUUUCUGGACAUACCAGUUAGCAUUAACAGUUUGGUGAAAGAAUCUUGUUACAAUUUGGACCCAAGUCGUCAUACACCAAACACCAAUCCUGAGAUAAAGCAAUAGCUCUUCAAAGUACUGAUUAGGAUUUUUGGGUGCAUAAUGCUGCAUGUUCUGUGAGAUCACAUACCUUGAAAUGCUGAAGCAGUCCUCAUCACUCAAAUAUAAUGACACAGUGAAAUACUCAGGAUAGAGCAUGGAGGAGAUGCAUAUGCACACAUGUGACAGUAACUGAUUGGUGCAUCAAAAUCACAGUUUCCAGCAUUUUCUGUGAUGGACAGUUCUCUUGUACAGUAACAAGGGUUAAUUCAGUCUUAUAAAUAUUUUCUUUGCUAGUUUUAUUUGGCUCACCUUGUAUAAUCGAGGCUAUUGCUGUUAUGUUCUUACUGCAUCAGAAAACAGUAUUCAGUUUUUAUGUUUCCACAGAAAUAUGACUGUAAAAUGAAUUGCAAAAAUUAGGUGCUUCAAACCUUUGUGCUCCAUAGAUUUUAACGACCCAUAUUCUCAGAAUGUCUGAUGACACUGCGUGAAGGCUAGAGUAUUUUCUUUCUGUAUGUGAAACGUUGUAAGAUUGCAGUGCUGGCUCUAAUCCAGGGGAACAGCAACUGUAGAGAAUUAGACUGUAAAAUGAGCUUCAUGCCUCAAAGUUAAUAGUGUGGUCAAGGUUAGCUAUUGCUGACAUUGAAGGAAUAAAAUUUUUGUGAUAUAUUUAAAGAGAAAUAAUGUUCCACUGUUAGAAUGUUGUUUAUGUAUUUUCAUGAAUUGUUCACACAGUGAUUUCUGUGCUUGUUUACGUAUUUGUUGUGAAAGUAUUGCUUAGCAAACAACCAGCAAUGAUUUUGUUAAUUUGUUUUACUAAAUGAUUUUGUUUUUAUUUAUGAAUUUCUGUAUAUCUUAUACAUGUUUAUAUUGUUGAUAAAUAUUUUUAUUGCUGAUAAAUGAUAAUUUGUUUUGCAGACUGAAUUCUGUGUGUGUGUGCGUGUGUGUGUGUGU